AUGGUUGCCAUUAUUACCUUCACACGUCAAGUUUUUCUUGCCGUUGCUUUCGCUUUGCUUGCUCAAGGUGCUAUUAUUCCAGAAGAAGUUGCUAAAAGAGACGGCUCUCCUGGAUUUGUUUCGCUAGGCUUUGAUGUCACCAGAAAGCCAUUAAAUUUGACUGCAGUGGCCCAUAAUCAUAAGAGGGACUCCAUUUCAGAGUCCUUGAUUAACGAAGGUCCAUCAUACGCGGCCAAGGUGUCAGUUGGCUCCAAUAAUCAAGAGCUAACACUUAUCAUUGACACUGGCUCUAGUGAUCUUUGGGUUGUUGACAAACAUGCCGUCUGUGCUCCUGGCGAUUACUGCAAAGUGUAUGGAACAUUUGACCCAGGCGCUUCAUCUUCUUACCAAAGUUUGCAUGAACCCUUUGCAAUUCAAUAUGCUGAUGGUACAGCAUCUCAAGGAACUUGGGCCAAAGAUACGGUUACAAUCAAUGGGGUGUCCAUCACAGAACAACAAUUGGCAGACGUCUCUUUGACUGCUGUUAAUCAAGGAAUCUUGGGUAUCGGCUUCCCCACCACCGAGUCUGUUGGUGGUUUAUUAGGUUCUUCAACUUAUGAUAACGUUCCUAUUACUUUGAAAAAGCAAGGCAAGAUCAAAACCAACGCGUACUCGUUGUAUUUGAACUCCCCAACUGCUGAAUCUGGUACCUUUAUCUUUGGAGGUGUUGACAAUGCCAAGUACUCAGGUGAGCUCGUUGAAGAGAAGGUUACGCUGUCAGCUUUGACCAUCUCAUUAUCCUCAAUCUACUUGAAAGGUGCUACUUACUCAGUUGCAAAAGAUGCUUUGUUGGAUUCUGGAACAACACUUACAUACCUUCCACCUGCAGUGGUGAGGGAACUUGCACAACAAGCUGGUGCUCAACUUAGACCAGCAGGCUUGGGUGGGCUCUUGUAUUUUAUUGAUUGUAAUGCAAACACGUCUGGUUCCACUACUUUCAAUUUCGCAAAUGGGGCAAAUAUCACCGUUCCAAACUCGGAGUACAUCUUUCCAAACAAUGAUGGUACAUGUCUUUGGGGUAUUCAAGAAUCAAAUGACAUCAUUUUAGGUGACAACUUCUUGAGACAUGCUUACCUCCUUUACAACUUGGACGCCAAGACUAUUUCAAUUGCGCAAGUCAAGUACACUUCUGAAUCCAACAUUUCUACUGUAUGA